AUGGACGGCUACCAUUUGUCACGUGCCCAACUCGACGCCAUGCCCGACCCCACAACCGCACACGCGCGAAGAGGCGCAGCAUUCACUUUCGACGGUGAAUCCUUCUUCAAGCUGGUGAAGAAACUACGCCAGCCAAUAUGUCCGGAAACACAAACGCUAUACGCCCCCAGCUUCGAUCAUGCGAUCAAGGACCCCAUUGACAACGACAUUGCGAUAGCACCGUCUGUUCGCAUCGUCAUUUUCGAAGGCAACUACUGCUCGCUCAAUAAAGAGCCAUGGAAAGAUGCGGCUGAGUUGAUGGAUGAACGGUGGUUUGUUGAUGUGGACUUUGAUGUCGCGAGGAAGAGAUUAAUUCAUCGACAUGUCAAAGCUGGCAUAGCGGCAAAUGAAGAACAGGCGGGUAAGAGGGCUGACGAGAACGAUUUGGUGAAUGGGAGGGAGAUUGUCGAUUUCCGCAUGGAUGUGCAUGAGCUGGUGAAGAGUCGGGACGAUGCGACAUGGGCGCCGGAAGAGCAGGGUGUAGGCGAUGGAAAGGACUCGGGGACAAAGAGAGAGAUGGCUCCUCUUGUUUGA